CUAGAGUAUAUAUGCAGGCAUAAGUAUUGCCAGUGAACUGAAUCUAAGGAAAGUACCCGAUUUCCUAUCGAAGACAAGAGGAAAUUUUUUCUUAUCAAACAAGAAAAUGACUUUAAUGAAACUUGUGGUGAUUUUGGCGUCGCUUUUCGCGCUUUUGAACAUAGCCAGUGGGUCUAUCCCUAGUGCACCAAUAAAUGUAACUAUUGAUAACAUUGGGAGCCGCAGCAUUAACAUCUCAUGGACAAGACCUGCUGAAGAUGGUAACAAUUCCCAACUAGCCUACGCUGUGUUUUACAAGGUCAAAGGUAGCAGUGUUUUACAGUUGGUGGAAUUAGAAAUCGUUACCAAGGCGAAGCUGUUGGUAAAGCCUUAUAGGGAAUAUGAGAUCUUUGUGAUGGCCAAAAAUAAAGAUGGUUAUGGACCGCCUUCAGUAAUAAAGUCAAUUCUGACUGCAGAAGAAGAACCCGAAACGUGUCCAACAAUGGGAUACAUUGAGCUAACUGACGACGACCUUGAUGUUAUAUGGUAUCCUAUACCUAAAGAAGACCAAAAUGGGAAAAUAACACAUUACGUCAUCUUCUACAAAYCCAAAAGCAUGCCAGAGUUUAAAAAUGUUACCACUGUAAAUAUAACUAACCACGAUCCAAAUGGCAUACUUCAUAAAUUGAAAAAUAUGAGUUACGCAGAAAGCUAUGGGUUCAAAGUAGCAGCAGUUAACUCGAAAGGCAUGUGUAAGGGUUGGCAAUCCAUGARUUUGUAUCACAAAUACGCUUCGGCAACAACAGUGUCACCCUGUGCAGCCGCGACAACAGCAUCACCGUCAACGGUACCAACCCCAUCAACACCAACGCCCCCACUACCAACGACAACAGAUGAUCUAAGCACGACACCUUUGUUAAAAACUACCACGAGUGAACCCAAGGAACCGUCGAUACCCAUAAGUACUAAUCAACCAACUGAGUUUCCUAGUCCAGCGGAUAAGCUCGCAAGAACCUCCGAGUCUAACUGGUUGGUGUACGUACUUAUAGCAAUGGCAGUCAUUGUAGCCAUUAUGGGUGUUACUAUAUUCCUGUUGAUAUGGCAACUCUAUAAAAACCACAGGUUUUACAGAUUGAGACAGGAACAGUACAGAAUGAGUAAUGCAACGCCAAACGUGGGUAUAGAUAACAAGGCUCAAGACAAUGCUGUAUAAAUCAUUAGGUAACAGUAAUUAUUCGUGGCAAUUAUACUGCAUGUUAGCAUGAACUGUUCCUUUUUUCUUAUAACUUUAUUUCUAUUCUUCUAUUGCACGUUACGUCAUUGCAGUCAUGUUGGUGCUAUUUAUCAAAAGAUUGCUCAUUAGCAUCCAUUGUUCCAUGCACCACGAUUACCGCCAUGUUUUUGUCUUUUGACUCUCUUGGGGAUGCUUGCAUCUAAUCAAUCAGUACGACAAUUAGAUGUUUACUUCUCUAACUCUUGAGCAUUGCAGGUGCAAAAUCUUAUAGUUGAGUCUUCUUAUUGUUACAGGUCGUACAUACUUUAUAAAUAAAUAGUAAAGUUUUAAAGAUGGCCACUGGACCGUUAGAGGGUAUUAGGUGCUGAGAUACCGAGACCGCAGUAUAGGGUACUGACUACAAUGUAGUUGGAUAUGGAGAACAAUGCACGCAAGCAUAUUGUGAUUGGAUAAUGUGAGCUUCUUACGUGUGACUAUUUGUGAAAGUUAAAGUCAUAGUAUACCAGAGGGUUAGCAAUCACACAUACGAAAUCUUCUACGGACUGCAUCAUAUUUUGGUAUUCAGAGAUUUAGGCCUAGGGCAAACGUCGAACUUUCCAUGCACCGAACUUAAUUACAUCAAAGAAUGCCGCCUCAUUAUCACUUGAUAUCCAUUGUUUUUAAUGAGUUCGGUGCAUGGAAAGCUCGACGUUUGCCCUAGGCCUUAGAAGUAAAAUUAAUCCAUAAAUCAGCUACCACAUUUUGAUGGAAUUCCACGGCAGAGUUUUAUACAGAAAUUAUGAAAUGUACAUUCCCUCCUGAAAAUAAUUAUGAUUGUUUUAUAAAGUUAUUAGAUAGUAAUACAGCUAUUUAAGUUUGAUGACUCAGUAGUUUGUAUGUAACGUAGGGAUUUGCUAAGAGCAAGUAAAGACAAACCUUAACCAGACCCAGUGUAUGUCUGGAUAAGCUGGUAUUUCAUCCCCAGUCAAAACCAUCAUCAGUUAAUUCCUCGAUACUGAAAUUGCAAUAAAUCAUCAAAGAUUAUAUAUUAUAUUAAAUAUGCAUCGAUCUGAAAUCUUAUGAAUAAAUGUCAAAGAUGAU